AUGUCAACGGGGGCUCCCGUGUCCAGUGUGGAUACAAACUUCCCCGCACCUCAAGGAAAUGGAUUCGGACACUCCCGCGGUCAUGGCCACUCUCGCUCAAAGCGUUGGACGCAACCAUCAGUAGGCCAGUCGCUGUCUUCUUUGAAUGGUUAUGCGACUCCAAUGCAACCGAACCUGCCUUCUAUAGACGCAACUUCACCCAAUGGCUUUGCGUUAGGGUCAACAUCGCACAAUCACCACCAUUCGCACUCGCACGCUGCUUCCAACCACUCAGGGAGCUGCAACCAUGCAGAUUCAGCGCAUCAUCAUCCAAUUGAAAAGACAGAAGAUGCUACAGAAUUGCGCGCGCGUGAUGUUUCUGUGGUUUCGACCGAUUUUGCAUCCAGCAGCAACCACGAACUCUUCUCAGGACUGCUGAUCGCUCUACCUUGGAUCGCCUUAUCGUGGUACUACAAGCAAUAUGCGCAUUGGAACUCAGCUAUCCCCACUAAGGACAACACUGACCCGAAAACAUUCGCCGGUGGGAGCCUGGAUCAGGCGGUACUGAGAACCUGCAGUCUGACAGCUGUCACUAUGGUCAUGACGGGAGUCGGACAACUCCAAUGGUCUUCACGGGAUGGGAACAAAUCCAUGGUCAAAGUUCCAUAUUUGAGGACAGAUGUCGUAGGUGUAGCGCUUGCUCGCAUAUGCUCGAUCGCGCUGCCUAUAUAUGCGGCGCUCAAAGUUAGUGGGUUUCUUGUCGCGUUGAGUUUACUUCUCGCAGCAGCAUCUGGGUUGCCUGCUCUUGUCAAAGGCCGCGCUGCUGGCAGCGACGCUCACGAAAAGCUGGUCCACAAGAAAAUCACAAUUGCUCUGAUACUUAUAAUCCUGAUGUUGAGCUUUUUCGGUUUGGUUGGCUCCCAGGACUCGAAGCCGUUCUUCGGCUAUCUCUCCUUGUUAUUGUCUGUUUUCGUCAUUCCUCCCCCAUUUGCAGUCGGUCAGUCAAAUUCCUCUCGGGGGUCCGGUUUUGGCAUCUCCGCUUCCUCACAACCGGGCACUUCAGUAAUCCGGAAUUUGGGCUCAUUAUCUGUCUUCUCGCCGGAUGAUGGUAUGUUGACCUUGAUACUCGGGCUCGUUCUUGGGCUAGUCAGCUUCGUCCUCUUCGGUAUCCCUUCCCUCUCGGCAUUGGAUGCGAUGUACCUUCUGGCAACAGCCGGUAGCUACGCAACAUCCUUACUCUUUUCAAACCCGGCCAAUCUGCGCUCGCUGCACAAAUGGGGUUUCGCUACAGGUAUUGCUGCAGCAGGGUUUCUAUCUCCGCCACCUGUAGCUGCCGAUAAUUGGGUGGUCUAUGCAUCGCGGUGCACGCUGGCGGCGGUGUCGUUCUUCGCCGCUCGAUUUGAUGACCGCCAACUACGCCUUGAGCGCCAUCCUCAUCAUCAUCAUGGCCACUCAGCGGCUGGUGCCAGUCGGGUGACCAAGAUCCUUCUUCGCUACAGCGAGCCUUACCCCCUGUUGUACAGUAUCCUCAAAGAAAGCGAUUCUCGCCGUAUAUUCUACUUCAUGAGCUUGAAUUUCACCUUUAUGUUGGUUCAGUUAUCUUACGGCUUCGUCACCGGGUCCCUGGGGCUGCUCAGUGACAGCAUACACAUGUUCUUCGAUUGCCUUGCACUUGUUGUCGGCCUCUGUGCUGCCGUUAUGAGCAAGUGGCCACCAAGUGCUCGGUUUCCUUAUGGCUAUGGAAAGGUUGAUACUCUUUCCGGAUUUGCCAAUGGUAUUUUUCUCAUGAUCAUAAGUAUUGAGAUCAUUUACGAAGCUGUGGAGCGACUUUCCUCCGGAAGUCAGAUGCAACGACUGGGCGAAUUGUUGGCUGUCAGCGUUGCUGGCCUGCUCGUGAAUCUUGUCGGUAUUAUGGCAUUCGACCAUGGCCACGCACACGGUCACGAUCAUGGGGGCCAUCAUCAUGGUCACUCACACUCACAUGGAAAUGAGAAUAUGCACGGUAUCUUCCUCCACAUUCUAGCCGACACUCUCGGCUCCGUGGCGGUUGUGAUAUCCACCAUUCUUGUGCACUUCUCUGGCUGGGCAGGAUAUGACCCUAUCGCCUCAUGUAUGAUUGCCAUUUUGAUCUUUGCCUCGGCAGUCCCACUAGUCAGCAGUACUGCUAAGACCCUAUUGCUCGCCCUUCCCGCCGACAUUGAAUACAAUGUCCGUGAAACGUUGGCCGGUGUCAGCUCUCUACGAGGAGUUACGCCAUCCGGACAGGUUUCCCCGGUGUUAGAAAUGUCAGCCCCAACGGCAGAUAACGAGAUCCUGAGAAAUGGGUAUGCGAAGUGCUUCACGACACACUCUGUCUUCCUCACGGGCAGUACCGGAUCACUGGGAGGAUGUCUUCUUUACAAAUUGGCACUGCAGCUUCCUACCCAGAAGAUCUUCGUCUUGAUCCGCGGAUCGGCCGACACCGCCGUUGAAAAAUGGCGGAGACUCAUGCCGAAACAGACUCAGGCCAUUCUUGACUCCGGAAAAGUGCAUUUUGUCGUUGGAGACAUCAAGAAGACGGACUUUGGUAUUGGAGAUGCCGAUUUGAGGCGAUUGCGUGAAGAGGUCACUCUUGUUAUUCAUACGGCAGCCAGGAUCACGCUCGAUGCAGGCAUCGUGGAAGCGAUCGAGAACAACUGCCUCCCUUCCCUUGAACUUGCAAAGGUCAUUUCACGUUUCAGACGAUUGAAGCUGUUUGUUCAGAUCUCGACGGCGUAUGUGAGCAGCUUCUUACCUGAUGGUCACGUCGGAGAGCGGCUGUAUUCCAUCUCCGACGCAGAUCCAGAGGAUGAGCUCGCGGCCAUUAUGUCAACAGGCAAAUCUCCUCACACCGCUCGGUUUUCUUCAUCGUAUACUCAUGCAAAAUACCUCAUGGAACGGCUGUUGUUGAAGAGAUACCCUCUUCUACCUCUGCUGCUUGUCCGCCCAACCAUUUUCGGCGCGGCAAUCCGGGAUCCGUAUCCUCUGUAUGGGCCCAUCAACUCCACGCCGAUGAAUAAAUUCGCCAGUCUGUUCUUUGCGGAUCGCGGGGGAACACAUGUUUGGCACGCCACCCAGGGUUACGAGACAGGUGCAAAUAUCCUAGACGAGAUCCCCGUCGAUUUUGUCGCGAAUGGCUGUCUCCUGCAUGCGGCGGCGAGGACUCAGGGAAUUGUUCAUCUCGGAGCUCAACUUUACGUGCCGCUCACUUUUGACGACUUCUUGCGGCUCGCAGAGUCCAACGCUCCUCCGUCGAUUCAGAAAGAGUUGCCCACGGUCACAUUCACACAAGACCAAAACGCCCCGCAAUCGCUCCUGGCUGAUCUGGUUAGAGUCGGUACACGUAACUGGUCGUUUGACUGUGGCAAAUCGUAUUGGCUAAAGCAGAUGGCUGGGCCAUUGAGCUUGGCUGCGUGUAAGCAUGACGUUGACAAGCUCAAUUCAGCGAGGAUCCAGGAGAUCUAUGAGAACACGGCAAAGAGGUUGGCGAAGCUUUAG